AUGGAGAGGAGCAGAAAGAUCCUGCAGUCUCCAGCACGUGGGAAGCACUGUCGCUCCCUAGUGCAGAGAAGAGCCUGCCUAGAGCAUCAUGGCUACUCGGCUGAAAGCGAUAAGCCUUUGAAAGCGGAGACCGCCAUGAUUCUGCCCGGAGAACUUUCGGUGAGCCGCCACUCCAACGAGACCGUGGACAUCAGCAAGAACCUUCGGCUGCGGAACCCGGACGACCCGGAGUCGAACUCGCACAGAGAUGAUGUUGAAGCUAUGCUUCUUGGAAAAUCUGAUUCUUCAAGCAAACUAGUAGUACCAACUCCAACUCCUAUGGAGGUUGAUAACACAGAUAUGAGCAACUUAAUUGAUGAUGUAGUACAAUUGAAUGCAAUUCAAGUCAAGCAGCAUCUGACCAAGAUCAAGCAGUGA